UUUUCCUCCCCGUGCUUGCAGCCACUGUAACCUCUGUGACCUAGCGGAGUUGGUCCAACCACAGAUGCAGUCCAACGAGCUGCAGCGGCUAGCGAGGACUUUAACUGACAAGCAGGAGAGCCAAGCUGCUAUCACGGAGCAGGUGUCAAAGUUGACUGCAGACGUAGCUCACCUAGAGCAGCGCAUCCUCAAAGGGCGUUCACUGCGGCAACAGUGGGAGUCGCUGUGUGCCGACGUACCGAAUCUCCAAGGAUGCUCUGAAACUGCCACGACAUAUGUCCAGAAGAUCCGUGAGAGCUGGCAAGCCCUUGCUAAAGACAAGGCGCAAAGAGAGUUGUCAUUCCAUGAGAAGCAGUUCCACAUCCUGGAGAAGAACAAGAUUCGACAGACAUGCCAGAAGUUGCUGUCGCUGCUCCAAGAACGUUGCCUGCAGGCUUGUCACAAGAUGGCGCAGGCUUUGGAGACGUGGGCCAAGGAUGCAUUGGAGAUAUACGGGCAAAGUCGGCGCCUUGACACUGAGCUGGACAGUUGCCUGGACAUGCUGGCAUCCUAUGGUGCCGCCAUCAGCAAGGCUGGUGAAGUGUUCCAGUCGACAGCGAGCAGCCUCGUCGCGGAUCUCAAGGCCCAGCAACCGCAUUCACCAACCACAACACUGCCAUCCACUGUCACGAUAGCAUCCAACACUACCACGUUGUCAUCGGGUGACCUGCCAUCUACAAAUGGGGCCGGUCCUAGGAAACAACGCCUUCCACGGCAAAUCACACGCGGGCUCCAGAACCUGGAAAUCAGCACCGCUGAGCUGCUUCAGCUCAUGGACGAUAACUACGCUGUCACAAUGAAGCUCUUUGAGCUGUCAUUCCCGCCUCAAGCAGCAGCUGGCGAGGACUCGUGACCUGGCUAGCCUUUGUUGGCCUGUGGCCUUAAGGAGUAUUACAUUAGCAUUUCGUCACAACUGUUACCUGCCUGCGGCAAUGUUCAGAACUGUGCCCUUCAAGGGCAUUUUGUUGAUGUUGCACUUGAAGUGCAGAUAUGUAUAAUGUACAGAUUUAUGGACCAUCCUGCAAUGUAUGAUUAUGUGGGCGGCAAUCCAUAAUUUUACCUAAAGGUUACUGUAGAUCACUAUUGUGCUGUGACCUGUACCCUUUCACUGCCGGGUUUUUUUCUGACUGCUCCUCACCCCCUGCCGGGUAUUUUUUUUUCGUGUUGGUUCAGUGGAAAUUUCAUGCUAUACUCGCGGACAACUUUCUGUGGCAAUGAAGGGAAAGCUACGGAGGCAAAGCGCUCACAAGUGAGGGUGCUUCUGAAAAGAGGCCCGCGUUUUAAUCCACGUUGGUUUAUGUUGGCGAAGAGUAAACAUAAACAGCUUAUUAGCAACAGUUAAAUAAGACAGAACACACCACUGAGUGUAAAAGUUUACUCAUAUUGCUGCUUUUCCCUUCCGCGUCUGGGCAAACGCGAAAUCGUCGCACGUGGAAGUUGCGUUGAUUCAGCGUCUGUUCCGAGCGACCAAAAGCACUGUCAAACGCUGCCGGACUACUUGGCGUGGCAACACAUGUGCAGCAUCCACGCGCCCGUAGCUUUCCCUUCAUUGCCACAGAAAGUUGUCCGCGAGUAUAGUAAUGGACCAUGAUACUCCACAGGAUAUGUAAAGAGAGAAGUGCAGAGAGCAGCAACGGCGGAGGCCCAGUCCGCCCAACUUCCCGAUAACGGCAGAAAACGAAACUUCAGGGAGCGGGCUAAGCUGGCGCCAGGCCGGCGGGAGCAGCGACGCCGGCACGGCAGGCGCGCAUGGUGACAGUCGAAGGUGGGGGAGCUACGAGGGAGUUCAGAAGGAGAGCGAAUGGGAGCCACCGAACUGACGGCGUAGCCAAGGCGAAAUGCGCUUCUCUGCCGCCCUCCUCCCUCACCUUCGACAGUCUCCGCGCGUGCCCGUCCGUGCCGGCGCCGCCUACUCCCUGACAGACAGACAAUGAACUUUUAUUGAGGUCCUGUGGGACUAAGUUUCGUUUUUUCUGCAGUUAUCGGGAAGCGAGUGUUGGCCCGCCUGGGCAUUUUCGUGGCCCUCGCUCGCUCGUGCUUGCGCGCCGCAUUUCACGACUCGCACCGUUCGUACAUCGUGCACGAAUACUUCAAAAUAAGUCCGUAUUUUAAUUCGAACAAAUUUUCAGGCCCCUUUGAGUUCGAAUUAUCGAGAUUCAACUGUAUUUCGCAGAAUUCAUCAGCAGUUCUUGAAUUUCUUCGUCCGUCAAAGCACGGACGCACGUGGCGUGCCGACUCGCCAUGGCUACUGUGCUCUGCCGAGACGAAGUGACGCGGGUGUAAGCACAUGCACUCCAUCUGUUGUCUAAAAUUUAAUUUACAAGUUCUAUGUCUUUAGGUUACCUCUCCAUAGAUGGCGGGACAUGAACGCAUUUUUUUUUUUUCACGAGUUGUCUCGGGAGUGGCAGGGAGUGAGUUUAAAAAGCAACACGAGUAUACUCGGGAAUAGCAGGGUUUCACGAGUUAUCUCGGUAGUGGCAGUUAAAGGGUUAAUAAGGUGGCUGCUUUAUCUUGUAUCCAACUUCCUCUUGAAAUAUGUGUAAAAUGCAGCUACAUAACUAUAUUUAGGGCAACCAUUGAGGUUAAUUGCAUGAACUGUGUUGAAAGUGCAGAAUUUUCAUAACAGAUUAUAGCACAAUUUAUAUUUUGUCCCUUGAAUAUUUACAAAUUGAAUGAAUUUUUAAACUAAAAAAAUAACUUGCUUAAAUUGUCUCUCGGUUACCUAGUGUGAGUUGUUGCUGAGAUAUGUUUAUUUUAACGGCUUCUUCACUCUUCAUGGAGGAGAUAAAUCACAUGGAGAAGAUAAUCUAGGGAGAGUGCUUCUGCAUAUUCCCAACAAGGUAUUGGAGUUAGGCCUAAUUAAGCCUAAUGUAAAGCCCUGUACUACUGUGGCUGUGUUGGAAAGGAUGCUUGUGUUAUUUUGUUGUGUAUCUAUUUGUAGCCCCCUUCAUUCAUUUGAAUUGAAGCAUUCCUACAUGAAAACAGUGCUUAGUUUAAUGAUCAGGAGUGAUUGAUUGUCAAGAAACUUUAAGUGCAAUAGAGUGCUCAGUGCCACGAGAGCCUAGUUGUAUUCUCAAAGUAGCUGCUGCAAUGUCAAUUUUCUGCAGAACUUAUUUUGCUGAAAUCUCCAGAAACAGUUCAAUGGGAGUGCAUGCAAGUUAAAUGAGCUCAUUGUUGUGUGUGACAAAUAUAUGUUGACAUGUGAGGUGCUGUAUUUUGUAAUGACUGCUGAUUAUUCUGGCCUGCCAUUGCUUAGUGAAUAUUUCUUUUUUUAAUGUCGUCUGGCAUCACGCAAAUAACAAAAUUAUGGCAAGUGAAGAAGGAAUUUAUGCAGUCUCUUGUUAUGGUAAUCAAAAUAAAGUAUGUUGCUUUCUCA